GUCAGUGCAAGAGGCAGCGGCUCCACAACAGAACACGAGAAGUCUCAGCUGGAAAGGUGUAUUUGAUGUGGCAAACAUGGCCGGUUCUGGUGAAAAGAGUGGGACCCAGCCUCGGUUCAUCAGUGGUCGCAGUAAUGUGUGCACCACUAGAAACACCACCAUUCGUCUUCGGGACAUUUAUGAUCCCAAGCCUCCCCCUCCCAAAGCCCCAGUCCAGAUACGCCCUCCAGGUCCAAGAGCUCCCUCAGUAAAGGAACUCAAUUUAAAGCACAGCUUUCCCAGUGAUCCCCCAACCAAGACAAUCAUGAGGAAGCGAGCUCAGUCUCUCCCUUCGUCUGCAGAGAGGAAAAGGGAACUUCGGAGUCUGCAGGUACGCUUUGUGGACUCAUUGGGCCUUGAGUUGGAGGAUGUUAAGGUCUUCAAAGCUCAAGAGCACCCCAUGAUACCUCAGCAUGUUAUGUUCAGACUACUGAUGAGCUCUGAACUGGCUUUCGGGAGGUCUUUGGAGCUGUCCCUGCCUUACUUCAAACCUUGUUUUCCUGAAAAUAUGGGGGCUCAAACAGACUUCAUGAAGCGUCUCUGUGCUCAGAGUGUGUGUCUGGAGCAGGUCCUGUGUUCAGAGCAGGGGAUAACAGGCACUACACAAGUACUCAAUUUAGCUUAUGAGAAAGAAGUCACAGUGCACUACUCUUUCACCAACUGGAAAACAUACACGGAAACAACAGCAUCCUGGGUGUCCAGUGGGAACCGUGGGGAGUGUGAUGCUCCAGAAACAGAUAUCUUCAGAUUUCGUCUUCCUGUCCCACCCUUCAUUCUGCAGCCAGGAGCAAUUUUAGAAUUUGCCAUCUGCUACCAUGUAAAAGGAUGUAAUUAUUGGGACAACAACAAUGGACAUAAUUACAAACUGUCAUGUCACAGUUAUAAGGUGACAGUGCCCAGAGAGUGCGAGGACAGCAUGCUGCAUUUUACCUGAGUGUCCACACGAGGGAGCUGUAACCCCUGCACGUAAAUAUGGGUGACAAGAAAGCAAAAUUUCUUUUACUUUAAAGGGGUGAUAGAAUGAUUAUAUAGGGUAUUUCACACUGUUCCUUAAGGUCUCCUAUUGGGGUAUGUAACAUUGGUUGGGCUGAAAAUGGCCCGGUUGCUAUUCUAUGGGCCCUAAUGCUACCUUGUGUUUUGGCCCUAUUUGGAACGAGAGCUUUUCUUCCAAAUAUGGUAUGCUCAUGAAUAU